AUGCCCGCCGAGAAGCGCAAGACCUCACCUAGCGCCGAGGGGCUCGACGAGGAGCCCUCGAAGCGCCGCUUCGUCGAGAACGGCACCGAGCCGUCCGAAGAGCCAGCCGAAUCUGCAGAACCAGCUGAGCCCGCAGAACCUGUCGCGUCGGGCAGCAGCGAUCGCAUGGCCCGCUUCAAGGCUCUGCAGGCCCGCCAGGCCGCCGCCCGCAAAUCGAACCUGAAGGAGUCGACGGCCGAAGCGCAGCGCGCCCAGGUCGACCCCAACGCCCUCAACGCCCUACACCGCAAGCACGCCAUCGCCUCGCACAAGCUGCUCAAGGCCGAGACGCAGGAGCAGGGUGAGGACUUCGAGCGCAAGCGCGCCUGGGACUGGACCGUCGAGGAGAGCGAGCGCUGGGACCGCCGCAUGGAGAAGAAGGGCAAGCACCGCAAGGACGUGGCCUUCCAGGACUACCGCCAGGACGCGCGCAAGUCGUACAAGCGCCAGCUGCGCGACCUCAAGCCCGACCUGGACGGCUACGAGCGCCAGAAGAUGGAGGCCGUGCAGCGCGCCGCCCAGAACGGCGGCCUGGAAAUCGUCGAGAUGGAGGACGGCGAGCUGAUUGCCGUCGACCGCGACGGUUCCUUCUACACCACCGCCGACAGCACCGAUUUCGUCAACCACCGCCCGGAGAAGGAGGCCGUCGACAAGUUGGUCGACGACAUCCGCAAGGCCGAGGAGGCCCGCCUCAAGGCCCGUCGCGCCCGCGGCAUCGACGACGAGAGCGGCGACGUCACCUACAUCAACCACAAGAACAAGCAGUUCAACGAGAAGCUGGCCCGCUUCUACAACAAGUACACUGCCGACAUCCGCGAGAGCUUCGAGCGUGGUACCGCCAUCUGA